AUGGCUACCUCAUCUCACCUGUUCCGGGUUUUAUCAAAACCAAUCAAGGUUGACAUAGAAACAUGGGAGAACUGGAUCGGCUCAGAAAGCAUGACAGGCUUGAUCCAAACGAAUUCAGUAACGAAAGUAGGUAUAUAUCAAGCCUUCAACGAAUAUCCGUUGGCUACAAAAACGCCAAACACGGUUGAUCAAACGAAACUUCAUAGCGGCAAUGUCACGCACAGUGAUAUUGAGCCACCAACAGAAAAGUGUUGCCUGAUGAUGUAUCAGACCGACGACCCGGAGUUUCUGAAGGAGCAAUUCCUACGGAACAUCGGCCAAAGUAAUGGUACUCUCUCAGGAAAAGAACCUAUUUCCUGUGCGGAAUGGGAUUCAAGAGUCUACAAGCUUGUUCAAGAUUUUGAUCCAAAGGGAGCUGGAUACAGUGAGUCAAUCGCCUUGAUUUGCGUUUUAAUUAUCUCAAGCAGUCUGCUAAAAUUAUUCCCGCCGUCGUGGCGUGGCCUUGAAGCGCCUGCACCUUUUAUUCUCAGCGUUCAAAUGGAACCAAAUGAUGAUGACGACUACGACAAAUUUUACCGAGACGAACAUCUAUAUAUGCUGUCGAAAGUGCCUGGGUAUCGUCGAUCACAACGCUAUCAAUUGGUGUCUUCAGAUCAUCUCAGCCUCUCAUCAGUGCCUAGGUUUAUGGCAAUCCACGAGUUCGAAACCCUGGAGACAACCGAUGGUCCGGAGUUGAGAGAAGCCGAUGCGAGCCCAAAUACUCAUCGAGUGAUUGGAAAUGCAAAGUUUGUGAACAUUCGGGGGUUUAGACUUGUCAAGACACUUGGGCAUAUCAAGCAGUAGGUCUUUCGACGACGAUAGUACGGCAUAGCUGAGGUCUUGAUGACUACCUCACUAUCCUCAUGGGUUGUGAACUGCUUCAUUGGUGCACCCAGACUUUGCUCCGGCUUCUUCUCCGCAUUUGACCCUGCCAGUCAGACC